UUCCUUCCAGUAUUCGAAGAUGAAGCUCUUCUGGAAGCUGCACUUUGCACAGAAGUGGUGCUUUGCGUGCUAGAUACCCUUGAAACGAUCAUCCGAGUGAUUUCUAUGCCUGGCAGCGAUCAUUUGCACUUUGCCCUUCCAAUGGUGUUGAGAGUCAUGAUGCACAUGUUUGCAUGCAAUCAAUCCGUGCAAGCGCUCGAAUGUAUAUUCGUAAGUCAACGAACGCUAGUGAAGAAAUUCUCCGAUGUAAUAUUUGAACAGGUUAAUUAUAAUACUCGUCUUCCAUGGCUCUACCCUGAUGUGGUCAAUUUCAGGAAGCCGAACAAUGCGGUGAAUUAUGCUUGCAACUGUUACGACAUUGUGCCUCAAGACUACCAGCAGUUCGAUCACAGGUACUAUUCUGCUGAAGACAAACAUGGUUUCUAG